AUGACGGAAAUUUCAAUAUCAAGCGAAUCCAGGCUGUCAGCAUCCAGCCAAGAGAUCCAAGAGUUGGCAAAAACUUUUACGAAUGAAACUAAAUCUUCAAAAGAAAGGGAUUUUGAAAAACUAAAGAGAUAUUUGUCCAACAUGAGUCUGGUCCCAGGAAUAAAUCCCUUUGUAAAGGACUUGGAAGACAAACGAUUAGACCCGGAUUCUGAACAAUUUGAUGCCAAGUUUUGGAUUAAAAAUCUAAGACUAUUGCAUGAUUCAGAUCCAGAAUAUUAUAAGCCUGCAAAGUUGGGAGUUGCUUAUAGAAAUUUAAGAGCAUAUGGUAUAGCAAAUGAUGUUGACUACAGAUCUACUGUUUCUAAUUCACUUUGGAAAUUUCUAGUUGACAGUUUCCGAAAGCUUCGUCCGCAAGAUGAAUCUGAUUACUUUGAUAUCUUAAAACCAAUGGACGCUCUUAUAUGCCCUGGGGAUAUUACUGUAGUAUUAGGUAGACCUGGUGCUGGGUGCUCUACUUUGUUAAAGACAAUUGCUGCAAAUACCUAUGGUUUUCAUGUGGAUAACAGUUCUAUUAUCUCAUAUGAUGGCUUAACUCCUAAGGAAAUUCAGAGUCAUUUUCGUGGUGAUGUAAUCUAUUCGGCCGAAUCAGAUGUCCAUUUUCCUCAUUUAUUAGUAGGUGAUACCCUCGAAUUUGCAGCAAAAUUACGUACUCCCACCAAUAGAGGGUUAGGUGUUGAUAGAGAAACCUAUGCUAAACAUAUGGCCAGAGUAUACAUGGCAAUGUAUGGUUUGUCUCAUACCCGAUAUACCAAAGUCGGUAAUGAUUUCAUUAGGGGUAUUUCUGGUGGAGAACGUAAACGAGUAUCAAUAGCGGAAGUUUCACUAAGUGGAUCCAAGAUUCAAUGUUGGGAUAAUGCUACCAGGGGAUUGGAUGCAGCAACUGCUUUGGAAUUUAUUAGAGCUUUAAAGACUUCUGCCACAAUCCUUGAGACGACUCCUAUCAUUGCUAUUUACCAAUGUUCCCAGAAUGCAUAUGACUUAUUUGAUAAAGUUAUCGUGCUAUAUGAAGGCUAUCAGAUUUUCUUUGGAAGAACAGAGGAAGCCAAGGAUUAUUUUGCUCGAAUGGGUUGGAAAUGUCCCCCAAGACAAACCACUGCUGAUUUUUUAACUUCAUUGACAAAUCCAGCUGAAAGAGAACCAUUACCAGGCUUUGAGCUCAAAGUGCCAAGAACUCCUAGUGAAUUUGGAGCUUAUUGGAAUAACUCCCCGGAAUACAAAGCACUAAUGAAAGAAAUUAAUCAGUAUCUUUUUGAUUGCAAAGAACUGAAAACUAAUGAAAAAUAUCGUGAAAAUCAUGCUGCUAGUCAAGCUAAAUAUUUGAGUUGGAGAUCUCCCUACACCGUAUCCUUCAACAUGCAAGUAAAAUACAUCUUGCAGAGAAACUAUCUUAGAUUUAAAGGUGAUCCCUCAAUUGCUUUAUUUCAAGUCAUUGGUCAAACUUUUAUGGGUGUUAUUCUUGCAUCUAUGUUUUAUAAUCUACCAAGCACAACCGACUCAUUUUUCCUUAGAGGCUCUGCCAUGUUCUUUGGGGUUUUGUUCAAUGCAUUUGCAUCCCUUUUGGAAAUCAUGUCCCUUUUUGAAGGUAGGGCUAUUGUUGAAAAGCAUAAGAAGUAUGCCCUUUACACUCCAUCGGCAGAUGCAUUGGCAAGUGUCGUUUCUGAAUUGCCAGUAAAACUUUUGAUGAUCCUAGGAUUUAACAUCAUUUACUAUUUCAUGAUUAAUUUUAGAAGAACUCCUGGAAGGUUCUUCUUCUUUUUGUUAAUGAGUGCCUUGUGUACCCUAACCAUGUCACAUUUAUUCAGAACCAUUGGUGCCUUAUCUACAUCUUUAGCAAGUGCAAUGACACCUGCGGAUGUAUUACUUUUGGCAAUGGUGAUAUAUGCUGGAUUCAUUAUCCCCUCUCCCAAGAUGUUAGGAUGGGCAAAAUGGAUUCUGUACUGUAAUCCAAUAUCCUACAUUUUUGAAUCCCUUAUGGUGAAUGAAUUCCAUAAUCGUGAAUUUGAAUGUACUAAUUUCAUUCCUAAUGGCUCUGGAUUUGACAAUGUUCCAAUAGCUAAUAGAAUUUGUAAUGUCGUUGGAGCACAACCUGGGGAGACUACGGUCAAUGGAAGUGACUUCUUGAAAAUUUCUUACAACUACACUAAUGAGCAUAAGUGGAGAAACUUUGGUAUAGCUGUUGCAUUUGCUAUUUUCUUUUUGGGGUUAUAUGUAUUUUUAACUGAAUUUAAUAAAGGAGAAAUGCAAAAGGGAGAAAUCGUCCUCUUUCUUAAGCAAUCUUUAAAGAAGAAAAAACAGUGCAAAAGAGGUUCAGAUAUUGAAAGCAGGUCCAAUGAGAAGGUUCCUUUGGAAGAAACAACCGAGGCUGAGAAAGUCGACAAUGGCUCUCCAACUCUAGAUAUGGACUCAAAAUUACCAUCGAGUAAGGAAAUAUUCUUUUGGAGAGAUUUAACAUAUCAAAUCAAAAUAAAAGACGAGAAUCGAACUAUUUUAGAUCAUGUUGAUGGUUGGGUUAAGCCAGGACAAAUUACCGCUUUAAUGGGUGCCUCUGGUGCAGGAAAAACUACUUUAUUGAAUUGCUUAUCUGAAAGGCUCUCUAUUGGAGUCAUUACUAAUGGGUUAAGAAUGGUUAAUGGUCAUUCAUUGGAUUCUUCAUUCCAGAGGUCAAUUGGGUAUGUUCAACAACAAGAUUUACAUUUACCCAACUCUACAGUACGUGAAGCACUAACUUUUUCAGCUUAUUUGAGACAAUCUCGAUUUAUCUCCAAGAAAGAAAAGGAUGGAUAUGUUGAUUACAUCAUUGAUCUACUUGAGAUGACAGACUAUGCAGAUGCGUUAGUCGGUGUUGCAGGUGAAGGAUUGAAUGUGGAACAAAGAAAAAGGUUGACUAUAGGUGUGGAGUUGGCUGCUAAACCGAAAUUAUUGUUAUUUCUAGAUGAACCUACUUCAGGAUUAGAUUCACAAACUGCAUGGUCAAUUUGUAAAUUGAUGAGAAAGCUAGCUGAUCAUGGCCAGGCUAUUUUGUGUACCAUCCACCAACCUUCAGCUUUAUUGAUGAAAGAGUUUGAUCGUUUGUUAUUCUUACAAGCAGGUGGUCAAACGGUGUAUUUUGGUGAUAUUGGUGAGAAUUUCAAGUGUUUGAUUGAUUACUUUGAAAAAUAUGGUGCUACUCCAUGUCCUGAGGAUGCAAAUCCUGCUGAGUGGAUGUUGGAAGUUGUUGGAGCAGCGCCUGGUUCUCAUGCUUCCCAAGAUUAUUUCCAAGUUUGGAGGAAAUCUAGAGAAUACCAAGAAAUUCAAGAUGAGUUGAGACAAAUGGAAACGGGAUUAGUUAAAUUACCAAGAGUAAUAGAUCCUGAAUCAAAUUUGACUUAUUCGGCCCCAAUUUGGAAACAAUAUCGAACUGUUACCAAGAGAUCACUUAUUCAAAGUUGGAGAUCACCUAGGUAUAUCUAUUCAAAGAUAUUGCUAGUCACAGCUUCGUCACUUUUCAAUGGAUUUUCUUUCUUCAAAGCAGACAAGACCAUUCAGGGAUUACAAAACCAAAUGUUUGCUACUUUUAUGUUCUUUAUACCUUUUGAAACUUUAGUAGAGCAAAUGUUACCAUUUUUUGUGGAACAGCGUGAUGUAUUUGAAAUGAGAGAAGCUCCUUCACGAACGUUCAGUUGGUUUGCAUUCAUUACAGCACAAAUAACUUCGGAAAUACCAUACCAAAUAAUUGUAGGAACAUUGGCGUUUUUCAGUUGGUACUAUCCUGUUGGGCUUUAUGCAAAUGCUGCAGAGACCGAUGAAAUUCAUUCCCGUGGUGUGUUGAUGUGGUUAUUUGUUACUGCAUUCUUUGUUUAUACAUCAACUAUGGGACAACUAUGUAUAUCGUUUUUGGAAGUGAAAACCAAUGCCGCUAACUUGGCAACUUAUCUUUUCACAAUGUGCAUUACCUUCUGUGGUGUUUUGAUUACUCCUUCUAAUUUCCCUAGGUUCUGGAUAUUCAUGUACAGGUGUAACCCAAUCACUUAUAUUGUUCAAGGCAUGUUGGCUACUGGUUUAGCUAAUACAAAAGUUACCUGUUCUAGCACUGAAUUAUUAGCGAUUGAGCCACCACCUUCCCUUAGUUGCAACAAUUAUUUGGGCCCAUAUGUUGAACUCUCUGGCGGUUACUUUAGUGCUAAUCCAAACGGCGUUUGUGAAUACUGUAAGAUGAACAUGACCAAUGAUUUUUUGGAUACAAUAAAUGCUCAUUUCAGUGAGAGAUGGAGAAAUUGGGGAAUCUUUAUUUCAUUUAUUGCUGUUAACAUAGUAUUGACAGUUGUAUUAUAUUGGGUUGCUAGAGUUCCAAGAGGAAGUAAGCAAAGAAAACUCAAGUAA